UCCUCCAAACAUGGCAAAUUUUGCAUUAUCCUUAAAGACUUGAUCAGGGGCAUCUCCGUGUUUGGCGGGGGCAUAAUGCUACACGGCUUCAUCUCCCUCACAAGAAAUUGGACCAAAGAGAAGGCGAAGUUCCACCAUCAACUACAUUAA